AGAUUGUCUUGUCCACCGGAAACAUGCGUACCCUGAUCGUGAUUGCUCUCGUUGGUGCCGCCAGCGCCCAGCUGUAUGCUCGCCAGCAAGAGCAGUAUGCUCGCCAGCAAGAGCAGUACGCUCCCAUCCCCUAUAAGUACGCCUACAGUGCAACCGGUGAUGAAGGCUCGCACUCCGCUGAGGAGACAUCCGAUGGCAACGGAAGAGUUCAGGGCUCUUACACCAUUCAACUCGCGGACGGGCGGGUGAGGACAGUCUCGUACGUUGCUGAUGAGAAUGGUUUCCGGCCCUCGAUUUCGACGAACGAACUCGGUACCGAGAGCAGGGCACCGGCAGACGCUGCUAUUCAAUCAUCCGCCAUCACGGGAGAGGAAGCCGCUAUUAAAUACGGACCCCAAUACGAGUCACGCAGGCUGAACAGACCCCUUUAGUUCGCCCGCAUGUAGUACAUCGAUCUAUACUUCGCCAGACAUUUCUUCAUCAUAUUCAGACGAGCGUCGCAUUUGUUCAAUAAAUUGUUCUCGAA